AUGGCGGAACUUACAGCAUCUGCAUAUGGUGCCGCUACUAGAGGCAGUGGUCAAGGAUUAAUACCAUUUAAAUCUGAUAUAUUUUCUUUAUUUGUUGACCCUAGAUUCUUACAAGGUGUUAUAUUUGGUAUUAUAUUGUUUUAUUUAAUUAUGUAUUAUAAUUCCCGUAAAAGAAUGAAUAAGAAACAUAAUAGUCAUGAGUAA